AUGAUGUCGAUGACUGAAUCCGACUCAGGAAGCAAUGGGCGGACCUCGAGGUUAUUCGAAACAGCAGAGCUUAUCGGAUUCCGGUUCCUGGAACUCGCCGGUAACUAUUCAACCUCGGAGCUCUCUGAACCAAGCUUGACAUGGCAAGACUGGAUAUUCGCAGAAUCGCGCCGCCGAAUGUCAUGUCUCUGGCUGAUCAUAGGCUGUGUAAUCACCAUUGAGAAUGGCAAGAAAUGUAGCAUCUGCAGCGACAUGCGCAGCCUUCCUCUCCCGUCGAGCAAGUUAUUGUGGGAAGCGAGAAGUCUCGAGGAAUGGCAGACGGAGAAGGCUUUCUAUGAUAUGAGCUGUCCGUUUGUGACACUGGGUGAGCUUGUUGAAGCAAAAGCAAACGCGGGAGAUCCGGUUGAAGCACAAAGGUUGCAGAAUUGGGAGAUGGGGAGCGAUAAGACGGCGGCGAUGCUGAAUAUUGCUGUUGAGUUUGAGGGGACUAAGAGAAAGGCCAGUGAUGCUGCUCUGAUAAGCAAUAACGACAAUCAAUCACAAUCGCUUCCUCCUUCACCCAAACGGACUCAACGCGAAACAUCGUUCCUCAGCAUCUCAUCCGGCGGCCGCAAAGAUGUACAUCAAAAUGACGGAAUGGCACCGUCCAACGAUCAGCCUGUAGACCCUGGACCAACGCUUUCUGCUGAACAACAAGUCGUCCUUGAUACCAUCCUGCGCGGCGGCAAUGUCUUCAUCACUGGCUCAGCUGGCUGCGGUAAAUCUUACCUUCUCAGAGCUGCCAUUGAUAAGCUGAAAGCAAUGGGCAAGCAAGUCGCUGUCUGUGCACCUACGGGUCGCGCAGCUGUGCAUGUCGGCGGCAUGACUACCUUUUCUUAUAUGAGCUGGGCGCCUGAUAUGUUCAAAAAAGGUAUAGACCACCUCAAGGGCAUUGCCAAAAGAAAGGGGAAGACUCGUCAGCGUCACGGAAAGACAGAUGUGCUCAUUAUCGAUGAGAUCAGCAUGGUCAGCAGCGACUUCUUGAAUCGCAUGAAUAUCUGGAUGAAAUACGCCAGAUGGGGACAAGAACAAGGUGCGCGACCAUUUGGUGGACUGCAACUCAUCGUUACGGGAGACUUUUGCCAGCUUCCCCCCGUGAACGCUUUUGAGUACUGCUAUACAUGUGGUGGCGAGCUCAGACCCAACAAAGUUACUGGUAUAUACAGAUGUCCCAAUUCCAGAGACCAUGGACCCUGGGUUGAUGAGGACAAGUGGGCUUUCAGAAGCGCUGCUUGGGCUGAGGCCAACUUCGCCUCUUUCAAUUUGAGAGAAAUCCAUCGUCAAAACGAUCUUACUUUCAUCAGGAUGUUGGAGAAAUGCAGGCUUGGUGUUCCCUUCACUGAGAAUGACAUCCACCUUCUCAUGCAUCACGAUUGUGAGGUUGAUAAUGCGCCACAGCUUCUCUGUACCAGAAACGAGAUCAUUCCUAUCAAUGACGAGAAACGCAAAGCAAUUACGAACUAUCCGGAAAGAGAGUAUAGCGUACUUGAUGGCUUCGAUUGCAAAAACUACCGACAUAAAGACGAGUUUUCGCGUUACUUCGAACAGCUAGAGAAUUCGACUUUGAAGGUCCACGAAGACCACCCAUUCGAAGCAGUCGUGAAACUCAAGGAAACAAUGCAGGUGAUGCUACAAGUCAAUCUCGACAUCAGAGCAGGACUCGCCAAUGGAAGUCAAGGUGUUAUUUGCGGCUGGGAGAAAAUCGACAUUAACGUGUUGCCAAAACUCGGAGGGGAACACUCCAGUGUCAGAGAAGCUUACGUUAAAAAGUUUACUGAACAGCACCAACAGAACGACCCCGACGCUAAAGAUCAGUUCUGGCCAGUUGUGCGUUUCAACAAUGGACAGAUUCGGACAAUCUAUCCCUGGUGUAUGCUGACCACAGUCGGUAUGAAGGAGCCUUACUCUUUUCUACACCGAACACAGAUUCCUCUUAUACCUGGCUGGGCUAUCACCGUCCAUAAGAGCCAGGGAAUGAGUCUUGAGCGCGUUAUUGUGAAUCUAACUGAGGCUUUUGCUGAGGGGCAAGUAUAUGUUGCGCUGUCGAGAGCGACAAGUCUCCGCGGCCUGAAAGUUGAAGGUGGUGCGUUGGGACUCACCGUGGGGGAGGGAGGGAAUCAUGAGGUUCGCCAGUUUCUUGCUGACACUUUUGGUACCGAGAUGUUUAAACAGCUAGAGGAUGAGGAACAUGAAGAAUCUUAG